AUGAUGAUGAUAAGGAGGAGGAGGAGGACGGGGGGCUAGAUUAUGAUGAUGUAUAUGAGGAUGAUGAAACCGCAGAGUCAACGUCUAGAAUGACAAAAUUGGCUAACGAUGAGAAUGAUAGUGACGUGAUGAACAGUGGUUUGUCUGGGAAUAGGAAUUUUCGAGAUAGGAGAGCUGCUGUGCUGAACCCAGUUGAAAAUCUAAGUCAAUGGAAGAUUGUAAAAGCAAAAGGAAAACCACCAUUGAGGCAACAGAAAGAGAAUCUGACAUUGGAUCAAGAACCUCGAAUGUCGUUUAGUUCCGAGCCUGGUUUUAAGGAAUUGGCAUUCAGUUUCAAGGCAAAAGCUGGUCAAUGUAAUAAGCCAGACCAAGAAAUAGCGGUGGAUACUAGCUUGUCUAAUUGGUUGGGUUCAUCUGAAUGCACACCAGUCAAUAAGCCUGGCUCAAUUGGUUUAGAUGCCAUUGCACCUGAGAAAAGCAUGUCACAGGGAUCUAAUUCACCAAGAAGCUUUGAUGAUAGGCCUAUUCUUGGGGCACUAACGGUGGAAGAGCUUAAACAGCUUUCAGCUACUUCUUCUUCCAGGAGGUCACCAAGUCGUAGCCCUGAUGAGAUGCCAAUAAUAGGAACUGUUGGGACUUAUUGGAAUCACAGUGGCUCCGGAAAGGAUUCUGGCUCGGCCUCUUCGUACAAAGGAAUACCCAACACGACCAGCAAGUACAGAGAGGACAAGAGAGUGAAUUGGCACUCCACUCCAUUUGAGACAAGACUAGAGAGAGCUUUGAAUGGUGGUGAUGCUGCUAGAACCUACUCAACUCAAACUUCUAUUGUUCGUUAAACUUCUGUUGUUCGUUAAACAUGGUUGGAGUGUUGUUUUGUGUGUGAUUCCAUCUCUAUUUUCCUUUUCCCUUUGUGAAUUAUGGUAUACGGUUGUUCUUGAAUUAUGAUAUACGGUUGUUCUUGAUGCGUGCUUGCAGUUGUAAUUCUUUCAUUGGUUUGAUUAAUAAGUAAUAUAAUACAACAUGGCUGUACUUUUGUGCUAUUCACAUUGUCUUCCUCAGAAGAAAA